GGAAAGAUGCGAAGAUUGAUUUGGAGUUUGUUGAAGCAAUGUGAUGCGAGUUCUUUAGUAAAUACAUUUGUGACCUGAUUGUUAGAAAGGACUAGUGAAUAACUGAAUAUGAACUCCUCAUGAAGCCACUUGCACUCUAUCAAAGCGAUAGUCAAUUUUCGAGUGCUUCAUAUGUGCACUAAAUAUAGAAUUGUGACCUUAGGUAGAUAGCCUUGACAUUGUCACAAUGUGAGAGUGGUGCAUCCCAUAAAGGGCUAUGUAGUAAUACUGCAUCUAAGUGACCUUGAUCCAGGAUUGCGCCACAGCCAUAUAUUCUGCUUUUGUACUUAAGCGAGGCAUGGUGUGCCAUUUCUUAGAACUACGAUAAAUAAGAUUCGGCCCAAAAAGCACGGCAUAGCAGGGCUGGAGCAUCUAGUGUCUUACCUAUUUCAUUUUCUUCUUUUCCCCCUAGCACCCAAGGUUUUGCUGGUUGAAAGAUGCUAUAAAAAAUCCUGUUGAUAAAUAACACUUAUCUAAUUGCUUCUCUCUCCUUUUUUUUUUUUUUUUUGUUAAGUAGAUUUGUGUCACUUGCAGAUGUACAUUGUGCAUUUAAAUACGGCAUUGCAAUUGAAGAACAUGUUCUUUGUCCACUACAUUACAUUAAAGUUUCAUAGUUCUUUUUUUGUACUAAGAAAACACAUGUUGGUGAAUUUUAUGUACAUUUCGCCAACAGAAGUGGCAAGAUUUUUCGGUAGUGGUAGAUGUGCUUUGAGUGCUAACCUAAAACUCUAAAAGUAAUUGUAGCAUGAGAAGUUGUUAAACAAGAAGGGCAUGACCACAUUGGGGCAGACCCCCCUGCUCUUCUGCGGAGACAGUCCAACCAGCUUCCUUCAAAGGUCAAUGAUGGAGAAGAGCUCUAAAGGAAGGUCAGGCUGUUGACAUCAGGCUAGAGUUGUUGAGCCGGGUUGACAUGUUGUCAAUCUUUAACCAGAUGACCUCGGAAGAAAAGCGCGAGUAUUUCCCGGUCCAAGCCCUCGUAUAUAAAUAUUGCUUAAUUUUCAAAUCCUAGAAAAAUAAAUAAUAAUAUAAAAAUUGCAAAACCUCGGGUCCUUGCAUAGUCGGGAUGAACCUUAGUGAAGAAGCUAUUCGGGUUCCCAAAUUUGUAUAUGCUAUCGUUUCUUCAAUCUGUGUGUCUGAAUCUCCUGAGAGAAGACUCACGUGGAUCACCCUAAGCCCUACAUGUUUUUGCAAAUUUUUUAUCAGGUACCUCUCCUCGUGGGAGUUGUAAUCCCAUGCCCACAUCGGAUAGUGGGGCCGAAUAUGGCCAGAACAGCUAUUGUAGUCCAUCCAAAAACAGUGGGAGUCCAGACCCUUCGUUUUCAAAAACCCUUUCUUCAAGCUCUAGUGAGACCAUUAUCAAGGAAAUUGAAGUGAAUAUCCUCAUGCCUGACCCGAAGACAGUACAAACUAAUGAGAACAAGCCCAUUAUUCCUGGUACUGCUCCACAUACCCUGGUUGUGGAUCAAAUGACGGGGGAAGAUCAGGUAGGAUCUGCUGCGCGCUCAAAAGGGAAAGGAGUGGCUUAUUCUAAUGGAGGCCUGGAAGAGGUGGAUCCAGAUAAGAAUUUUGAAGGGCACUUCCGCCAAAUAAAGAGGCGAGUUGUGCGGGACCUUCCUCUAGACAUUUCAAAAGCAGAAUAUAGUGAGGCACGUAAACUUAUCUCGCGCAAAUUCAAGACAUCAGCUCCGGAUGGAUGUCGCAGUUUGAUGGCCAUGGAUGGGACUUAUGUGGCUGUUCACUAUGACUCCAUCAAGGCAGGUCUGCGUUUCCCCCUGCAUCCAUUUCUGGUGAAGGUGCUACUUCAUUACAACUUGGUCCCUGCAAUGAUCCCUCCUAACGGUCAUCGAUUGAUCACAUUGUUUCUUAUGGGCCAUGCGCUUUUGGGAAAAGAGCCAACAUUGGAGCUGUUUCAAUACAUGUUUAUUAUAUUUGAAGGGGUUGGUGAGAUAGAAGGCUUUGUACAAUUUCAAAGUAGGCCUAAUCGCCGGAUGGUUGAGAAAAUUCCCAAGAACACCAGAAGUUGGAAGUAUAAGUAUUUCUUCGUAAAGUUGGAGCAAGAUGAAGUUGGGUUUGUGAACCAGUGGUCCUCCAAGGUUACUAAGGUUGCCAGCCCCAGCAGGUCAGAUGCCCUCGACAAAGAUGUGGCAGCUCUGAGGGCCUUACAGUUAGAUGGACUGAAGGGCAUCACACCCAAGAUCCUUUCAGAUCUGAAACUUGGCCCUCCAAUCCGGGAUCAGCUGGAUGGAAGUGGUUCAUCAGGCUCAGGUCUUCCAAUCUAUGUGGGGAUCGCUUCAUCUGGAGCUCAUGCACAAGGCUCACCACCCAUUAACAAUGUUCAAGGGGCAUCCAGGUCCGCCAAGACUGAACCAGUGCCAUCUAUCGGGGCUCAAACAUCUAGCCCUCAUGUUGAUACUUCUACCCCUUCAGCCAUUCUAUCUAGAUUAGCCAAGUUGGCCCAAGUCACAGCAAGCUUGAAGAGGAAAACCUUUUCUGCUGGUGGUGCUGCAAAGAAGAUAAGAUUCGGUCUCACUACCAAUCAUAGUUCCUCUGCCUCUCGUUUGGAGGAGAGGGUCAUUCAAUCCAGCAAGGUUUCCCCACAAGUAUUGGCCAAGAUGAUGUCUCGGAGGAAACCAAGCGGCGGGCCUAUGGAGGGAGGAAGAGAGAUUAGAGCCAAACAUGUUCCCGAUCCUGCUGGCAGUCCCUCUGUUCCUCCAACCCAAGUUUGCAAAGCAGAGCCCCAACCUGCUAAUUAUGGUCCCAAUGAACCAGGCUUCAUCCUCGAUGACCCAUCUGCACAAGUCAAGACCAGCAGGCCUACUCACGAGGAGGUGGUAGCAGGAGCUAGAUCCGCUAAGGUAGCUCCACCUGUUACCUCAUCAGAGCCCGCCAGCUCUUCUGCCGAGCCAGUACAGCCAGCUUCCUCCAAAGGUCAACGAUGGAGAAGAGCUCUAAGGGAAGGUCAGGCUGUUGACAUUGGGCUAGAGUUUUUGAGCCAUGUUGACAUGUCAAUCUUUAACAGGAUGAGCUCAGAAGACAAGCGCGAAUAUUUCUUGGUCCAAGCCCUCCAAAAUGCUGCUACCUCCACGAUUUUCAUAGAUCAGAAUGCCGAGCUGGAGGCUGAAUUGCAGGAGGCUCGCAAGAAAAUAUCAGCCCAGGCAGGUCAGCUGGAAGAAGCCAAAGAGAGCUUAUGGGCUGAGCAGGCGAAGACCAAGAAGUUGGAGAAACGGGUCUCUGAACUCGAGAAGGCGGAGCUUGAAGAGCGUGUCCGGGCUGAAUGCAGAACUAGCUUGCCCUUCCUUUCUGAAGUUAUCUCUCAAUUCUCGGUUAAUGAAGAUGGCCAAGAGUUCGUAAUUGGAUGCGGUCGAAUCCAACCCAGCUCUUCACAACACAUUGGAGGAGAGUAGAGCUAAGGCGACUUUCCAGGGUAUGCGGAUGAUGCAGAAGACUAUCUAUGAACAAUUGGAGGUCAUGUGCCCUGGUUUUAAGGCUGAGGAGUGGGGUCUUCCAGAAGAGAUUGCGGAUUUGGAAAGUGAAUGACCUAGGAGCCGAGCUGGCACACCUCCACCUUCUUCUGCUUGACCUGGGCAGCAAACCUGCCUAUAAUUUCCCCAAAAUUAGGUUAUCUUCAUUGUUCUUCAGUAAACAUGGCUUUGGCUAAGCCUGUUCUGAUAUCUUGACUUGCAGUGAGAAGAGA